UAUCCUAAGGUUUGGACAGCAUAGAGCAAAACAAACCAUUACCACUUUUUCAUUGAUAUACACAAAUGGAAAGCUUGGAAAUUCCUAAGCAAGAAAUUCAUAUCAAAAUUGAUAACUCAAUAUCAAGCAACAAAGAGAGAAAAAAUGACCUUGCCGAUGCUAAACCCAUUGUCUUAAUGUCUAUCUUGCGUGGUCUCCACGCGGGCUAUUUCAGAAUAAGUCUUUCUCUCUGUAGCCAAGCUCUGUUGUGGAAGAUAAUGAUCGCGCCUGAUUCACCAAGCAUGUCUCAUAUGCAUAGCAAACUCCCAUCUAUGGCGUUCCAUCUCCUGUGGUACCUAGCACUUGUAACACAAGUGUCACUCUGUUUUUUGUAUGCCUUAAAGUGUAUUUUCUUACCUGACAUGGUGAAAGCAGAGUUCUUGCACUAUAUUGGAGUGAACUAUCUUUACGCUCCAUCCAUUUCAUGCCUUCUCUUGCUUCAGUCUGCUCCGAUGAUGGAACCAAACAGCGUUUUGUAUCAGACACUAUUUUGGGUGUUUGCUGUUCCGGUCUUGACACUAGACACAAAGCUUUACGGGCAGUGGUUCACAACAGAGAAAAGGUUCUUGUCGAUGCUAGCAAACCCUGCAAGCCAAGUAUCAGUAAUCGCAAACCUCGUGGCUGCACGAGGAGCAGCAGAGAUGGGUUGGAAAGAGUGUGCUCUAUGCAUGUUCUCCCUUGGAAUGGUUCACUAUUUGGUUAUCUUUGUCACUCUUUAUCAACGGUUACCAGGCGGAAACAAUUUCCCAACCAAGUUAAGGCCAAUCUUCUUCUUGUUCUUUGCUGCACCAGCCAUGGCAAGUCUAGCCUGGAACUCCAUUUCUGGUACCUUUGAUGCUGUAGCGAAGAUGUUGUUCUUCCUUUCACUUUUCAUCUUCAUGUCCCUGGUUUGUAGGCCAAAUCUUUUCAAGAAAUCAAUGAAAAGAUUCAAUGUCGCGUGGUGGGCUUACUCGUUCCCCGUUACCUUUCUUGCGUUAGACACAGUUCAGUAUGCGCAAGAGGUGAAAGACCCGAUUGGUUCUGGCUUGAUGCUUAUCUUCUCAUCCAUCUCAGUUUUGAUCUUCCUCUGUAUGAUGGUACUGACAGCAGCAAACAGCAAUAGACUACUCAGACGUGCUCCUGUCCUUGGUUCCGCUACAAGUCCAAAAGACAAGCAAAAAUCAUUACCGAUCAAUGCGGCUUUGUAAUUAAAAAAAAAAAAGCUAUAUUUGUUAGUCACGUGUUAACUUCAAGUAUUUUUCAUCAUGGUUGAGCGUAAUAAUUUCCAAUC